AUGAUUACUUGGCUAAAUUUCGAACAAACAUGUCGAUCAAAAUCAAAUGUCCUUGUGAAGGUAAAUCCAAUAAUCAAUGCUGUCGUCGAAUUGUACAAAGAGAAAGCUCUUCAAAAAGCUGAAGAAGUCGAUGAAUAUCUUGAGAAAUGUGAUCAAAAUGAAUUGAAUCAAUUAGAGUUUUCAAAACCGCUUCUCGGAAUUCCAUUCACUUGUAAAGAUAUGUUCGAUGUUAAAGACACAAAAACAACUCUUGGGAACUGGUGGAAAAAGGAAAACGUUUCAACGACGACUCAUCUAGUCAUUCGAAGAAUGAUUGACGCUGGAGCGAUACUCAUUGCAAAAACAACAACUUCAGAGGAUUGUAUGUGGAUUGAAUCAUCGAAUCCAUUAAAUGGAACAACUGGGAAUCCAUAUGAUACAAGAAAAAAUGCGGGUGGCUCAAGUGGUGGUGAAGGAGCGCUUAUUGCAGCAGCUGGAUCAUUGCUAGGCAUUGGCUCGGAUUUUGCUGGCAGUAUUCGAAUUCCGGCAGCUCUCAAUGGAGUCUAUGGAUUGAAGACAACAUCGGGUGUUCUUCCUCUGUCCGAAUUCCUCGACAAUCCCGUUGAGUCAAAAAUGGCCGUCUUUGGUCCAAUCACCCGUUUCCCUGAGGAUCUCAACCUUGUUUUAAAAUUAUUCACAAAAGAAUUAUCAAAUCAAAAUCGACGAGUGAAAACAAUUCACAUUCCCACUUUCGCCCGCGUUCCAUGGAUGGAACACUAUUCAAUUGAAGCUCAAGAGAGCUCAAGAUCGAUUGUAACAAUCCUCCAAAAAGCUUUCAAUGCAAAUAUUUCUUACAUAAAUCUAUCAAAAAUCCAAUCAAAAUAUAUAGACAUUUUGGUUGCAUAUUUCAACGAUUAUCCAUUAAAAAACAAAAAUCGAAAAGCGACAUUAGCUGGAUUCUAUGAAGAACAUGAAAAAUUUCACUGGAUAACCGAGAUCCCAAAGUGGUUCACUGGAAAAUCGCGACACUCGUUGGGAUCAAUUUUUGAUUAUCAUGCUCUUGAUCGAAUGUAUGAUGAUGAAAAAAAGAAUGAGCUAAUCACUUGUGUAUCCGAGUUUCGUGCGGAUUUCGAUCAAAUUCUCGGCGAAGACUCGAUCAUUGUUCACCCAACUUGGCCUCGAGGAGCCGCGUUUCAUCAUGGGGAGAUACCGUAUUUCAAUUACAUUCACACAGGAAUCUACAACAUUUUAAAUCUCCCAGUCGUCGCUUUGCCGUACGGCGUUGACAAUGAAGGAAUGCCGCUGUCUGUAUCGAUUAUUGGACCUAAUGGCUCUGAUGGUUGGCUAGUUGAACUCGCUGAGAUGAUUGAGCGAGAAAAAGAAGCUCAUAAA